GUCUCAAUACAACGCUCGCUGCGUAAUUUUUUAGAUUUCAAGAUUUGAUGUAAAAAAUGUUCUGGCGUCUACUAACCCAUAGUUGCCGUAUUUGGCGGGCUUGUUGGCUAUGUAUUGUCAAAAUCGGCAUCUCCCCCGAAAUGCCUCCAACAUUUCGUCAAUUGUUACGUAAAAUCUCGGAGAAUAAGCUUGAUUACAAUUUGUUUAUCUAACCCGCGGCCGAACGCCAUCACUCGCGUGCUAGACUGGAACUAACAUUAUGCGAUUGCGGCUCUAAAACAAAAUAGAUCCUCCCCACGACCACAGAUUCACAUAGUAGAUUAGUUUGAAGGAGUAUUC